CUCUUUAACAGGCUGUCAGCGCCGCUCCGGACACACAGGCAGAGGCGCGCCGACAUGACGGCGACGGGACGAGGAUGCGGCACACCUGCGCACAGCGGCGCGGCGAGCGUUUGACACGGGACUAAUUCUGGACUCAAUGCAUUUGCGGUUCCUCAUCAGUGAUGAGUUGGCUCCUGUUGUGGAUUCUAACAGCAGCCGGGAUUCAACAGGCCUACUCCCAGAAUUCCACUGCCAUGCCGCCUGCCGCCACCGUCACGUCCCCAGCUGCGGACCUGUACAACCGGACGCAGUACUGCAAGUGGCCCUGCGAGUGUCCCCAGGUCACACCGAGCUGUCCGCCGGGCGUGAGCCUCCUCAUGGACGGCUGUGACUGCUGCAAGACCUGCGCCCGGCAGGUGGGCGAGGUGUGCAACGAGGCAGACACGUGCGACUACCACAAGGGACUGUACUGUGACUACAGCUCGGACAAGCCUAGGUACGAAAAAGGAGUGUGUGCAUAUAUGGUGGGAACAGGCUGUGAGCACGAUGGUGUGAUCUACCGUAAUGGGCAGAGCUUCAAGCCCAGCUGUAAAUACCAGUGUGUGUGCGUGAACGGUGCCAUCGGCUGUGUGGCACUGUGCACAGAGUCCCAGCCUCCGCGGGUGUGGUGCCAAACCCCACGCCGGGUCAAAGUCCGGGGAGAGUGCUGUGAGAAAUGGAUCUGUGAUGAACCCAAAAGAGGGCGCAAGACGGCACCGCGACACGCAGUGGAGGCUCCCCCAGCUGAGACCAGGAGCUGGCACAAGAACUGCAUUACCCAGACUACCUCAUGGAGCCCCUGCUCAAAGACCUGUGGCCGCGGCCUGUCCCUGAGGAUCUCUAACGCCAACGAGCAGUGUGAGCUGGUCAAAGAGUCUCGCCUUUGCAACCUGCGGCCCUGCGAGGUCGACAUCACCAAACACAUCAAGCCUGGAAAGAAAUGUCUGAACAUCUACAGGGAAGAGCUGCCCUCAAACCUCACCAUCUCUGGCUGCACCAGCAAGAAGCCGUACAGGCCCAAAUACUGCGGCGUCUGCACAGACGAGCGCUGCUGCAUCCCCUACAAGUCCAAAACCAUCGACGUGGAGUUUGAGUGUCCGAACGGGACGGGGUUCACCUGGAAGAUGAUGUGGGUCCAGGCCUGCUUUUGCAACCUCAGCUGCAAAAACCCCAAUGACAUCUUCGCCGAGCUGGAGAGUUACUAUGGUUACCCAGAAGUCAUGAACUAACAGUUCAGUCAGCCUGUGGGAGCAUCCCACCUUUCUUCUGACAUCUUUUUCUUAUGCAAUGGUUUGUAUUUGUAAUGUGUAUGAAUAUGUACAAGGGAUUUUUUAUGGUCUUUUUUCCUAUUGGAAAAAUCUGUAAAUAUGAAAUGUGUAUGUGUCUCCAGAAUGGAUUCAUGAAGCAUGAUGUGCCUUUGAGGAACCUUUGAGGAAAUGUGUGGCAAAUGAAAAAAUCCAGUGAGCGUGUGAAUGAUCAAAGGCCUAAUUUAUUUAUGUCGCUUUUUGCAUAUGUAACAGCACAUGCAAUGUUCUUGAGAUGCUUUCAAGAACAGUCAUACAUUGUCUGUCUUUAAACUCACAACCCAGCUUAGAUAAUAAGUGUGUAUAUUUUCCUUUAUGGUUCAUGAAAUUGACUUUAUGAUGAAUGUUAAUAAAAAGGCAGAAAUGGACUGAGAUGCCAAAGACAAAGCCUUUUAGGUUUGAAUAUGCAAUAAUGACAGGAUCAGGGUAGAUCAGUUACAAGUUUUUUAUUGUCAUUUUUUUAAUAAAUACAAACUGUUAUGUCAUUUUAAUGCUUUUCUACAGCAUUAGACAGUUGUGCAUCGCAUCUUUACAAAGCUGUAUAUGUGUUCUACAAAGCAAAAUGUUGCUGUAGUGCAAGUGAAAUACAGGAGUAGAAGGGGUCAGGUAAGUUCUAUGGCUAUCCUCAUGUUAGCAUGUGGACCUAUCACUUCACUCACCCAAAAAUCCACAACCACAUAGGAGCAUCACGUCUAAAAAGUGAACAAUUCAUCAUUCAAUCCAUGGCACGUCUUUGUUCCAUUGUGCUUGAUUGCAUAGAAAUCAUCGUAAAAAAAAAGAAGAAAGCCAUGAUCCUUUAAUAAAGCAUAUUAUGUAA